AUGUCCAAGUCUCCUGGGGCUGGCAUGUAUCCCCCAAUAGCAAAACUCAACUUGGCUGCAGACCCCAGGAAGAUGCGCAGGAUCAUUGCAGAAGAUCCAGAGUGGUCCCUCACUGUAGUGCCCCUUUUAUCCAACCUCUGCCUGCAACACAUAGUGAGAAACUUUGAGGAGAAGCCCAUUCUGGAAGAACUUCUUCCCAGGCACAAAGACUAUGUCCUGGAGAGGCUCUCUCCGUCCCUGCCCCUGCAGGUCACUGCCAACCUGAUCAGCGACGACGGCUACUGGAAGCGCUGCUGCAAACAACGCUGGGGCCUGUGUGACGUCUCCUCAUAUGGCCACAGCUGGAAACGCAUGUUCUUUGAGAGGCACCUGGAGAACAUCAUCGAGCUCUACAUUCCUGAUGCCACUGACCCCAAGACGGUGCUGGGCAUGGUGCCUCUGUGCCGGAACUACGUGAAGAGGCUGGACAUCUCACAGCUGAUGCCGCCAAUCAAGGAACCCCAGAAGUCAGAGGACGACGACAACUCUGACUCGGCCAGCGACAUGGGCAUGGAUGGGCCAUCCAUGGACCACUUUGACUUUGGCAUCCUGCUGGACAAGCUGAGCCAUCUGGAGGAGUUUCACGUGGUCUACCGGGUCAAGGGAUGCGGCAUGAACUUUGAGUGGAACCUCUUUGAGUUCACCUUCCGCGACUGCGAGUCGCUGGCCAAGGCCUUGAAGUCCUGUAAGACCUUGAGGGUGCUGAGGAUCCACCAAAGCAAAGUGGAUGACGAGAAGUGUCGUCAGCUUGUGAACAACCUCCUGGACCACCCGUCCCUCAAGGAGCUCAACCUCUCCCACAACCUCAUCGGGGACCGGGGAGCCCGGGCCAUCGGAAAGCUGCUCAACAGGAGUAAGCUAGAGAGCCUCACUGUCUACGACAACAACAUUCGGGGGCCGGGGGCCCAGGCUAUAGCCUACGCCCUGGCCAAGAACUCCAGCCUGCUGUCCCUCAACCUGCGUCUGAACCGGCUGGGGGACGAGGGGGGCCAGGCCAUCGCCCAGGCCCUGCUGAAGAACCGCACCCUGAAAUGGCUGCACCUGGGAGGCAACGAAAUGACAGAGCCCACAGCCACGGUCCUUUCCCAAGUCCUGGUCCAGAAUAAUACGCUGAGGAGCAUCAACCUGUCCUGUAACAGGCUGGGUAUGGAUGGUGGUAAAGUGUUGGAGGAGGGCAUGUGUCACAACAGCAGCAUGGUGGAGUGUGAUAUCCGCCUGACAGAGGUGGGCCAGGAGAGCGACUACUGCAUCAGCCAGGUGGUACGCAACAAUCAGAACCAAGCACACAGGAAACACAACACAGAAGAGAACCUAGCCUAAACUUCAGAGCAUUAUUAAAUACAAAGAAGAAUCAUCACUGAAUUAUCACAGUGAAUUAUUGUAAUGUUUGUUUAUGUGUCAAUUAAUCCCAUAAGGGAUGGGUUGCCAGCUGGUGAUUUGACAUGGAAAUACAUUUUCAUUCAUUCAUAUAAACAUACAGCCCAUUUAUGUUCACCAAAGUGCCACUUUGUCAUAUAUUGUAGACAGGAUGCCUACUAUUUGUUUCAUAUCUGCAAAGUUAUUAAAUGUAGCGAUGUCUGUAAUGUGUUACCACUGAAAUCAGAAGAUAGCUAAAUAGGCUACACCACUGUACCUUUGGCCCAUGGAAAAUAACCCCAGUUUAUUAGGAUGUAAUAAAUGGGCUUGGUCCGAAGGUCAGGGAUGAAUAGUGACAUAGGUGUUAUUUUGGGAUGACUUCAGGUUGUUGAGAUCCACCACUGAGCUAUGGGGCACCUUCACUGUAUGUAGGCUACUCAUUGUUUGUAUUCACUGUUUAGUAAAUGUACAAAGUGGAGUUAUAUAUUUAAGGAAUA